CUGGCAAAAUACACAACCUUCAUUGUAGCAGCACAGAGAGAAUGCAUUGCCUCGUUUAUUUAUCUAUACACCACUUUUCUACGUGUUCUAAUAUGUUCUGAUGGCACUCAAGAUCCAAGUAUCUGAUACUAAGGUUGUCCUUCAGAACCUUUUUAUUUGCACUGCUGUAUUCUAUACAGUUUAUUAUUUCACCUAUACCAUAUGUUUCGUGGCACUUAGAUUGGAGAAUUUUGAUGAACUUGGACCUUUUGAUUUUAAAACCACACCUUCCUGGUCAAAUAGAAAGUACCUAGGAAAUGUGAUCUCUUUGGAGACGACAUUCUUAAUAAGCAGUGCCAUUUUUGUAUUCAUUGUUGAAGAAUGGAUUUGGGAUUAUGCAUGUACAGUUACUGUGAUUCAUGUAGGGAUAACAUCACUGGUUAUGAAGCAACUUCCUAGAAUGACACAUUGGUGGAUCUCUUUAGGACUGGGAUUGAUGUCAAUGAUUUUUGGAGGACAAAUCUUGGCUUAUCUUCUUUACAAAGACAAUUUCAUCUAUCCAGACCUGGAUGACUUUUGACUUUCCUGAUAACUCAAGGCAUGGCUAGAAAUGUUUGUUUAUUUUGU